GGCUUCGGGGAUGGGGGCGGCUUUUGUUCUCCCUGGGAGGUUGGAAUGUGGCGGGUGAGGCGGGGGCGUCCAGCGGGAGCGUCCGGGACAGAGACUUGGAGGGACAAAGAGAGAUCAGAGACUGGGAGAGCGCGAGGGAGCGCGCCGAGCGAGUUUCCGUGGCUGAUUGUUCCCAGCUGUGCGGCUGCAACAUCUGGUUUCCUCCAGCCGGACCCCAGGCCGGCCUCUUGAGCAGGCAGAGUCUCAGAGAGCCGCGCGCGUGGGGGCAGGGGGCUCCGAGCAGGCCCCAGGAAGGCAGCGGGGCGGGGGUCUGCGGCUGUGGAAAGGGCCAGGGCCGGGGCAGCCUCCUAGGCAGGUCCUGGCCUCCCCCACGCCCAGAAAGUCCAGUCCAGAAGUGCUCCGAGAUGUGGUCCCCUGGGAGGGGUCCCUUACUCCCACCAGGACUCUCCUCUGUGCCCCCCACCUCUUGCGCUGGGGGCCCCUACCCCCGAUAAGCUUGGGCUUGGAUGCCAGAUCUUCUGGGAGAGGAAAUGACUCCAUGCAGGGGGCUGAGACGCCUAGGAGGGAUGCCUAGGAGGGACUUGGGGGGGCAGACGGAAGUGCCCCCGUCCGCCCCCGGCGCCCUUAAGGCUCCUUAGGCCCCAACUUAGGGCCUCCUCCUGAGUGGUGACAGAUUCAACUAGCCUGGCUGCCACCAGCCUGGGGGACAAGGAGGGGAUAAGGAGGCCUUGCAGGGAGUCACAAGGAAGGAGCUCCAAGUCUUUAAGUCCACCCCCGCCCCCAUGAGGAGACCAAGGGUUUUCAGAAUGGGUAUGCGGGGGUAUUCAGAUGUCCCCUGCCUCUGAGUCCCACCCCCCCACCUCCCACCUGGGCUUCCUCACCCAGCUGCGGUGAGGGCUUAAGGAAGGGAGUGAGAUGUUGAGUGUAUGAGAUGGGCAGGGGGUCACAGAAGUCUCCGGAAUGGGAGGAAGGAGGGAGAGAUGCCCAUGUUUCUGUUCCUCUCUUCCCCUCUCCCUGGAUGCCCCGGGAGAGACACGGCCAAGUUCGGUUUCCAGUUAGCUGUCUGGAAAAACUCCCUUUGCUGUGGCGGGGAAGGGGCCCUCAUCCUGGACGGACGAGCCCAUGGACUCUCUCCCAGGCCUCCCAGCAGAAAGCUGACAGUCUUGAGGCUGCCCUCCACUGAGCUGGGACUGGACUUGGGGACCCGUGGACUCUGCCAAGUCCACUGUGUGGCCGAAUCUGGAGGCUGGACUCGACCAGGAGUUCUUGAACUUCAAGAGCCUGGUGAAAGCUAUGGGCCACUGCCCUUUCCCCCCAAAAUUACGCACACAACAUUUGUCAUGCAAUGUCAGGGGAUUCAGCCCCCCCGGGCUGGGUGACAUCAUGGUCCCCUCCAGCCCUGCCUUUCUAGGAUCCAGCAAAGCCUCCUCAGACCCCACCCUGAGUGCUUCCUGCUGCCGCAGACAAAUACACCUCAGUCUCGUGCGUCUGUGAUGAAGACAGCCAGGUCUUGGAGGCCCGGAGGCCUGGCAGCCUGGCAGGAGAGGAAUCUUCUGCGGCUGUCCUCUGACGCCAGCCCAGCCCGCCUCACUGUGUAGCCAUGAGAGCUGCCUGCCUCUUCCUGCUAUUCCUGCCUGCAGGCCUGCUGGCUCAGGGCCAGUACGACCUGGACCCGCUGCCUCCGUUCCCAGACCACGUCCAGUACACCCACUACAGUGACCAGAUCGACAACCCGGACUACUAUGAUUAUCAAGAGGUGACUCCUCGGCCCCCCGAGGAGCAGUUCCAGUUCCAGUCUCAGCAGCAAGUCCAACAGGAAGUCAUCCCAGCCCCCACCUUAGAACCAGGAAAUGCAGAGACGGAGCCCACGGAGCCUGGGCCUCUUGAGGGUUACCUAGGAACGGAGAGCCAGUCUCCAGUGGGCAAGGUGGCCCCAAGCUGCAGCCCCCGGACUGAUCCCACCUGUCACCAGACUGCCGCGAGGAGCAGUACCCGUGCACCCGCCUCUACUCCAUACACAAGCCUUGCAAGCAGUGUCUCAACGAGCCUCCGCCGGGUGUACGUCGUCAACAAGGAGAUCUGUGUGCGCACAGUCUGUGCCCAUGAGGAGCUCCUCCGAGCUGACCUGUGUCGGGACAAGUUCUCCAAAUGUGGCGUGAUGGCCAGCAGCGGCCUGUGCCAAUCUGUGGCGGCCUCCUGUGCUAGGAGCUGUGGGGGCUGCUAGGGUGAAGCUGGCACCCCGAGCCCUGGGCCCCCCUCGGAUCCAGGACCCUCGGCCCUGCCUGACCUGGUGCUUUUCUCCCCAGCCCGCCAUUCCUUUUAUUCUGUAAAAAGUUAGUGGACUGUGGCCCUGGGGGUUGUCUCAGGCCCUGCCCCCAGCCUCUGGCCAGCCCUGGGACACAAUGGGGGCUCCCCAGUGCCCAGUCUUCGCCCCCGGGUGGGGGGCAUCCCAGGCCUCUCGGUGGGACCUGGGCCUCUGACGUGCCUUCUCAGUCCUCUGAGGACAGUCCCUGCCCUGUCCCCGAGGUCGGCUAUGCCCCUCAUCCCAGCUGGUCUGCUUGGAUUUCCUACAGCCCCCCGGGCAUAGACCACUUUUGUUUUAUACAAAAUUAAAAACAAGUUUUUACAAAA